AUACCUGGUCUCCACCUAAAAUACCCGACCGGGUAUUCUGACCGGGUAUUGCGAACGCAGGCUGUUAAAAGCCUGUUUUGUGCGUUUCUGCAAAGGAUAGCUGGGUUUUUGUAUCCCAAACAUCCAAGGGACGAACCAAAGAGAGAGAGGACGAUUUGAGGGCAUUCUUGGAGUGUAAUUGCAGGAUUUCUUCGCCUUGGAAGCUCGAGGAAUAAUCCCAGACUUGAAGACUGAUCAUCUGAAUAUUCUUACUGCAGUCUCUCUCUUCUCUAUGGAGUAACUUCCCUUCACUUAGGUUUUGAGGAACCCUAGCUAUGUUUGUUUGAUUGGAUGAUUGUAUGAGUACUCCUACUUGAUAAUCUUGAGUUCAUAUUCAAUCUAUGCACGUUUUCAUGAUUCAAUUCUGCUUUAGUCGAGAUUAUUGAUUCUGUUUUGAUCCUAUGAGAGAGAAUACCUGAUUAGGUCAAUAGAGCACCAUAGAUUGAUAGUAGUGGAUCGAUUGCUUUAGUCGAGGGUUGAUUCACUGCUUUGUAUCGAUUGAGAACCUCUUUCGAUAGAGGGAGUCUAGUUCAGAACGCCUUGAUCGGUUAUUCUAGAGAAGGAUACGUCCCUCUAGGCAAUCGACUCAAGAGGGCCUUGACCCUUUAGCCGAGAUUCAAGGUCUAGUCAAGGAUUCUCCGCAUUGUGAAUGAAAGUGAAACAAGCUAGAAAUCAUCAAUCAUUAAUCUGGCUAGUGGCUAGGGGGAAUCAUACCUAAGUGAGUUCCCGACCUGUAAUUAGAUUAACUUUAACUGUAGUUUGCUAGAUUAGUUUUAGUUCUCCCAUCUUAAUCUGGUUUGCUAGAUAAUGAACUGAAGCUGAGUAAUAGUAACUCUAGAGACCCGUGGAUUCGAUAUUUAUUACUUGAGCCACUAAACUGCAGUCCUUUUCAUUGGUUACACUUGGCCAUUGUUAAGAGUUGUGUCAUAGCGAGUCAGGAACCAUCGCCUCCCUCUGGGGCGGUGGUUUGCAGGUAGGAUGGGGAAACACGCCGCGAGUCGCAUGCGGCCUGGGGUUGGGUUCUUCUGCUUCGAAGGAGGUGAUUCUGGCUACAUCGGCUGUGCACUUCACUGGACUGGAUGACCCCAUGCAGGUGGAGAUUUUGGCUCUCCGAGAUGCGGUCCAUUGGUGUGUUCAGAGGGGGUUAUCGGUGGUUCGAUUCGAAGGUGAUGUUAAGUUCAUUAUUGAUAGACUUAACCAAGCUCAGAACAAUGAUAGUCGUGCUGGGCCCAUUUUCCGUGAAGUUUUAAGCUACCUAUCUGAGCAUAUAGGGUUUUUAGUUCGAUUUGUUGGUCGGCGUAGUAAUAGGGUAGCCCAUUUGAUGGCUCGUAAGGCCCUUUCCUUGUACCCAACCCCGUGUCGCUCGUUUAAUUUUGUGGCAUGGCUUCGAUCCCGGAUGUAAUGAUCUUCUUUUCCAAUCAAUAUAUAUAUGAUUAUCUUUUGUAAAUAAAAAAAAGGAAUGGAGACCCAGAUUGUAUCUUGGAUGCCUACUAAUUUUUUUUGUAGAUCUUUGUUUGUUUUGUUUCCAUAAUAAUAAUAAUAAUAAUAAUAAUAAUAAUAAUAAUAAUAAUAGAAGAAGAAAAGACCUAAUAAAAAUAUUAAUAACCUUUCGAAAAUGGGUGGAUUCAAGUAAUUUUAGAUAGUAUUCAAGAAAGUGUUGUGUAAGACGGGCCAGACCUUGAAUAGGUGCGCUUAAUCACGGGAAGCUAAAAUAAUAGUCAUGAACCAAAAUCAUCCUAUCGACCUCUCAUUCUCAACUCAUUAAAAACACGUGCUAAAGAAUAUAAUAUUUGCAAACCGAAGAAGGAAGAAGUAGUAGAAUGGUGGAGCGAAUUAGAUAACCUUUGAGAAUGAUCAAAAAAGAAAAGUCUUCAAUUGGAACUUGAUAAUGUGACUGGAUUUGUUCUAGUUACUCUUCGGGACGGAGGAGCUUCUCGAACGAGGAAAUGAUCCAAGCAAAUUUAUUUCAUAACUAUUUGAGCAGGAAUUGACGAAGAACCAAUAAUAAUGUUAGCUUUAGUAGUAUUGAUUGAAAAUAGAAAUGGGACGUGGCUAAGUGUUAGAGCACAACAAAAGGACGAAGAAAUUGCUCUAAAUAGGGCCUUCUCUUACUCUGACCUAGUGGCUAGCAGCUCUUGGGAGCGGAAGAUCCAAAAGGGAGGUCUCUAUUUCUCUCUAACCUAGCAGCAUAUAUAGAAGGAGAAGAGAGAUAUCACGAGGGCUUAUGCAGCCUCAGAGGAUGACAUGGCUAUUGUAUUUUGAGUUUUACUCUUUCAACCAAUCAAUCUUUUUGAAGAAUAUUGCUAAAACUUGUAAUUGAUCUCCUCGAAUAUGGACAUGUUGUCCAGUCAGAAUCACUAUAUCUAGUAAGUUUUAUAGUUGAGUCACAUGGAUUAAACAAACCUUGCCUUGAAGAAUUUUUUUAGAUACUUGAACAUCCUUUGUAGAACUUAGUUGUGCAUUGUCAUUGGAGAGUCUUAGAACUAGCCACAACUGUUGUACUUCAAAUGCAAUGUCAAGUCUGGUGUUGUUCAAGUAUUGCAAAAGUAUAGUUUUACUCUUUCAUACAAUACUUUUGUUAUCAAACAUAGAUCCCAUUAUUUGUUAUGCUAAUCCUCUAAGCCAAUGAAAUAUUGUAAUUCACUCAAGUCCUUCAUGUUAAUACAUGACAUGAGCUUUGUCUUAACAGAUUUCACGAUCUCAAGGCUAGCACUUCCAAGUUCCAACCACAAUAUCACCAACCUAAACAAUCCGAACCACUAGGUGAUCCUGAACAUCAGACAAUAAAAUUGAAUAGUCUACAUAUGACUGCUUAAAUCCAUUACUAACCACAUACUGUAUUAACUUGACAGACCACAUUCUACUUUCAACCCAUAAAGGGAUUUAUUAAGUUUGCAUAAUUUCCCUUGAACUCAUACCAAUCCUUUAAUAUCGGUGGAAACUCCAUAUAGACUUCCUUAUAUAAAUCUCCAUUCAUAAAGGCAUUAUUUACAUCAAUUUGGUGUAAAUGGCACUUAUGAAUUGAAGCAACAACAAGCAAUAUUUUCGUAUAAGGUAUCUUUUCAAGAGGAGAAUAAGUGUCAUGGUAAUUAAUUUCAUAAACUUGAGGGCACCCUUUUGCAGCCACUCUUGCCCUUAACCUCUCAACUGUCUUAUCUAGGUUGUAUUUAAUUUAAAACCCCUAUUUAUAACCAAUCAUCUUUAUCCCUAGGGCAAGUUAGUAAUCUCUCAAUUAUCAUUGUCAUGAAGAGCUUGAAACUCUCAUUCAUUGCAUAUUUUGCUAUCAUGGAUCCUUAGGUGCUUCAGCAUAACUAACAAGUUCUGGAUUGGAAAAUAAAGUCAUGGCAUAAUG